AUUUAUGCUGAACGCAACAAUAUGAGUGACGAAUCGAAGAUUGAUGAAAAAUUUGUUGCUUCAUGUCAGCCAGUCGGUAUUUUUAAUUAUUUUUUCAAAACAACUUCGUCAAGAUUACUACGUUUUUGUCGAUUGGAUAAAUUUUGCUAUAUUAGCAGCAAUUAAAGAUGGAUUACAUUGCUUCUGAAAAAGGGGACACGGCAGAAAAUCUAGACCCAAACUCUUCGGUAUCCAACGGCAGUUCAAAACCGAAUGUAGAAAAUAAACCAUGUAUUGAUAAUGGUAAAGCGCACGUCCAAGCUCCCACAGAGAUCGCAGCCUGUAGUUCAGAAUCAACAGAAGAUUCCGCACUAUGUGAGAUUCCGGAACAGAUCGAAUUUACUGUAGUUUUUAACAAAAAUAAACAUGACAUCACAUUUGCAUAUGAUGCUACUGUGUUAGAACUUAAGGCUCAUUUAGAAAGGAUAUGUGGCGUGCCACAAUCAGCACAGAAACUCAUUAUCAAAGGCAUGGCUCGAGAUAAUGUAACAUUGAGAAAUUCUGGAAUUGUUAAAGGCGGCAAAGUCAUGUUGGUUGGAUCCAAAAUGGAUGACAUUUUGGCUGUAAAAAGUGCUCCAAAGGAACUUCAAGAAGAGAAAAAUAAUAGUCAAUCAAGUAAAGAGCCGCUAAGUAUGCAAAAAAUCCAUAGGAAAGUUCUUGAUAAAGGUAUUCCACCAGAUGUGAUGCCUGGAAUCAAAGGUGUAAAGGAACCACUUCCACCAGUGCCAUUAAGUGGGAUGUUAAACAAACAUGGAGGUAAAGUGAGGCUCACAUUUAAACCAGAACAAGAUCAACUAUGGGUGGGUACCAAAGAACGCACCGAAAAGCUAGCCAUGACAUCUAUCAAAAGUAUCACAUCUGAACCUAUAAAGGAUCAUGAAGAAUAUCAUAUCAUGGGUUUACAGCUUGGUCCCACAGAAGCGUCAAGGUAUUGGGUGUACUGGGUACCUGCACAAUACGUAGAAGCCAUAAAAGAUGCAGUAUUUGGUGUCUGGCAGUUCUUUUAAAUAAAAUCCCUUGAAUCUGUCGACUACUAUCUACCGCCUGUGAGCGACUUGGGUAGUUGCAAUAUAUUUAAAAUUAUGGAUGUGAACCUUGUGCCCUAGCACACUUACGUGUAUAGUCCACAAUUUAUAUUUAGAAUUUCAUAUUAAUUAUUGACUUAUACAGUUUUACAGUAAUGAUAAGCUAAAUAUUUAGUGCUAGGGCUUUCUCUUAUAUAAACUCUACCAAAAUUAUUUAUAUAUUAUAUUUUAACCCUAAAUCUAUUUUUUUUUUUUAAACAUUAUCCUAAACCUUAUUAUCAUUUUAUAUAUUAUAUUAUUCCUGUAUCAAUAAAUUGGUACCGUUCAUUUUGUGAUAUAAUUAUGCUAUGUCAAUUAAAAAAUUGUCCAUUGAUAAUUUGACAUUGUCUGGUCAAGACAGAAUUAUAUUUUUUUGCUAUUGUAUAAUUGCAUUUUUUAAGCCUUUGGGUUUAUAGCUGUACAAUGUUGCCAAUAAUAGAAGAGCUGCUGCUACACUGGAGCAUUCAUAAGUCAUGAGCUUAUUGUCCCUCGUGUUUGGAAACCUGAUCUCGAUUUGAACUUUAUAAAAUUAACUUGCAGUGGAGGAUUGGGCCGAACACUGAGAAAAUUUCUAUCAUUUUUGGAAUCUUUUAUUAUAUUCUCUCAGAACUAAUUUUCAAUAUUUCUCAUAUGUAUCCCAAUCCUUCACCGUAAUUUGAGUAUAUAAUUAGAUAAAAUGUUUUAAACUA